CAUUAAUAAAUUGCUUUAUUUGUGCUUAGAAAAUGUCUGAAUUUUCAAAUGUUGGUUAUGUUCAGCCAUGAUGUAUUUUGUUCCAUAGUAUAUGGUGUGUAAUAUAUUAUGUGUUACACUUGACUGUAGGUAUAGAUAUAGUUCAUUACAUGUUGCCAAACGAGUGCCUUGUUAUAUCCAAACGCGCACGCUCGCACGUGUAUCCAAUAAAAUUAUGGAAAAAUAUGAAGUUUUAAAACAAGUGGGCGAGGGAUCUUUUGGACAAGUAUACAAAGCAAAGAAACGAUCUGACGGUGAAAUCGUAGCUUUCAAAGUAAUCCGAAAGCGUGGUAGAUCAUUCAAAGAACUAAAGAGUUUGCGUCAAGAAUGUGAAAUUCAACGUCAUCUUCAUCAUCCAAAUAUAAUACAAAUGCUUGAUUCAUUUGAAACAGAAAAUGAGAUAGUAGUUGUGACUGAGUACGCAGACAAGGAAUUGUAUGAGAUAUUAGGUAAAGCAGGUCGUUUGUCGGAACAAAGGGCACAAGUAAUAGCUUGUGAUCUUGUGUCUGCACUUUACUACUUGCAUUCCAACAGAGUAUUACACAGGGAUCUUAAACCACAAAAUGUACUUCUUGAAAGCAAUGGAGUUGCAAAGUUAUGUGAUUUUGGAUUUGCUCGCAGUAUGAGUACAGGGACGCAUGUAUUAACUUCUAUAAAGGGAACGCCACUGUAUAUGGCUCCAGAACUUAUAGAAGAACGCCCUUAUGACCAUAAUGCAGACUUGUGGUCCUUGGGUUGUAUUGUGUAUGAACUAGUUGUAGGGUCUCCACCUUUUCAAACAACUUCUAUUCUACAUUUAGUCAGAUUGAUAAGAUUUGAAGCGAUAAAGUGGCCUGAUUACAUUUCUCAAAAUUGCAAACAAUUCUUACAGGGUUUGCUACAAAAGGAUCCUUCGCAAAGGUUAACUUGGCCAGCUCUUUUAGAUCAUCCUUUUGUCAAAAAUAGAAUAGUAAUAGUAGGUGAAAUUGGGCCUACACCAUUCACUACACCUUUAUCCGCAAGUCAGGCUAGAGAGAAACAGAUGCAACUACAGAACUUGGCAGUGCAACCCACCAAUCAUCAAUCAAAAUUUUUGGAGAAAGCUAUUAAAAAGUUACAAGAGCAUGAAAGAACAAUCGAAGAACGUCGCCAGAAAACAUUUACAUCAAAUCCGCGCUAUCCGAUACCACACGGAUAUUGUCAACAUGAAAUGAACCAAUGUUAUACUUUACGACAUAGCGAACCAAGCGGAACGGAUUCUAGCACUAGUGUCGAUGUAUUAUUAGGAAAUCUUAGUUUAAGGGCAUCGUUGAAAAGCGACUUACUCUCAGCGGAUCAUGCAUUGUGUCGAAGUGAUUGUCCAAACACUACGAAUUCAACAAAUAAGCAAACUGUUCUAACGUUUGAUCAGAUGUCAAACGUUAAAUUACCGAUUCGUUUAAGUGAACGAAACUCGAAACAACAUUCGGAAGAAGAGAAAUCAGAAAAGAAUUUUGAACUAAAAACUACCGGUGGUAAUAAAUUGAAUCUCGUGCAACAGAUCGCUCCUCGAGAAGUCGAAACGAUUCAAUCAGAAAGGGACCGUGAAAACGACGAAUACGUAUAUGAUCAACAACUACGUUCCCGAAGAUACGAUUCAGCAGCUAAUGCUGGACUAUCGUGUAACAACAGAAUACCUGACUGGAAUCCGAAGGCUGUCGAUAGGCCGAUCGAAAACGAAGAAUGGAUAGCGUUUUUGCAACGAUCCAUGGAGGAAAUUAUGGAGGGUGAAGUAGGAUCGUUGCUUCAACAAAACUGCGUGUCGGUAUUUGUAUCGCCAUUAAGGAAUCCAGCAGCCAGUUGUCGCGUUGUCGAAUACGUCGCUUGUCUUUUGUCUUUACCAUUCGUUGUAUCGGUAACGAAAGAUUCUCUCGAGAAGAUCACGCAAGUAUACUUGGAUGUUAGAGUCGUACCGAAUCUCGUUUACUCUCUGAAACUUUUAAUGUCCGAACGUUCCGAGUUCGAACUGGACAAAAAGUCUGAACCAACAAAUGCAAACACCAGAUCAGCAUCUACGCUAUCCGCGGACGAGCUACAAACUCUAGAAUACAUGAUGCUUGUACUUUGCAGAUUAGUUUACAAUCGACAACAAUUUCUCACUCAAUUCUGCGACGCCGUUUACAUCGUAAACGGAGUAACGUUGUUACAACAAUUGUUGAGUUUGGAAAAAAGAAAAGCGCGCGUGGUCGUAGACCUCGUUGCGAUUUUAAGCAACAUAUUACGUUCUCAACCAGAAAAUGCUCAUCUUGUGGAAAAAGUUGUAUUGCAUUCGCACUUAUCGGGAAAUUCGAUAGAGCAGCUCGGUAAACUGCUCACGCAUCGACAAACGAUACUCCGAAUGAGAACAUGUCAGCUGAUUAGACUCUUAGCCAGAUUUUCUUGCAGAGCCUUGCAACAAAUCUGGUGUAAGUCUCUGAAGAAUCUAGUAGAAAGUUUAAUCCUUGACAACGAUCAGUGUGUGAGGCUUGCCGCCGAAGACGCAGUCAAGGAAUUAAAGGAAUUGAUGUACUACAAUCAACAAAAUCCUGUUACUUGAUGCAUUUCAUUCUUCGAAUAUUUUAACAUUUAUUUUUUUUGUACUUGACAAAGCAACAAAUUAUCUUUUUUUUAUCAAAUUAAACACAAUUCCAACGUUAUUAUUCAUUUUAUUAUUCAACACAGCGUCAAACUAAAUGCUACUAUAGUAAUUUAUUAACUUUGAUAUUACGAUUUAGUGAGCAGCCACUCGAUGGAUAUAUCGUCCGAUGAAUCAUCGCUAUCCGUGGUUACAUUCAUUUGCCGUUUGUUACAUUCCUCUUUGUACAUUUCUAUUAACUUCAGGGUAUCCUUUCCGCUGAGUCCUUUUCGUUGACCAAGUUCUGUUUUCUCCUUCUGUAGAAUAUAAACGUUGAGCAUAAA